CAGCUCUGUCUGAGCUAUGAUACAAUCAGUUGGCAUCACCUCAUCCUCAUUUCAUCUUCUCUCUCUGGUGUUUGUUUUUAUUGCAGCGGGGUGAAAAUGAAAGCGGCCAUCCUAUGCUUGUGUUUGGCUGGCACUGCUUGUGCUCUGCCCUUUCAGUACUUGCCGCAUUUCACAGGGUCUAGACCCCGGGCACCACCAACACAGAUAAAAGCACCUUUGACAGGUGGUUUUCCACAACCUGGAGUCCCAGGAGCUUAUAGUUUGGAAUUUGUUCCUCUAUACGGACUUGGUGCUGGUGCAGCUGGAACAAACCAGGGACAGACUUUCCCUCAGUAUGGUUUCAUCAAGUACUCCAUUCCUCAGCCCCCUGGCAGACAGAGUGUUGAAGUUUUCUAUCCUUAUGACCUCUCUCAGAACAAGUUUACCACAUUUGGAUUUCCUCCUCAAACCCUUCCCCAGCAACCUUUAAAUAUGCCAACCUUUGAUGUCAAUGCGCAUCCCUCCCAAGAUCCCCAGCAGCCACUGCCGCAGGACAAACCUGUGCAAACGAGUCAGGCACCUGCUAAAGUGUGAAUGAGAGAAACAAUUGCAUCCUCCUCAACAUUAAACACUCUUCGGUUAUAAAAUUGAAAACUCAUCGUAAAGUAACAUUUUAGAACAUUAACAAACUACAUUAUGACAGGAUAACAUGUAUAGAUACCUAAAAAUCUUUUUCAUUCCUUUAAAAUGUCGUAUAACAAUAGCUGUCUUAGAAUUAUUGACUGCCAUAUGAUCUCACAUUCAGCAUGGUGCAUUUUCAGAGUAACUACAUUAUUUCCUUUUCUUUUCCCAUUGUUGUUUUCUUUUUGAAAAUAAAGAAAAUUUAAGCAAA